AUGGCAAGCAAGGAUACAGCGUCACAACACUUUUUGACUUGUUUGCUCCAGACACACGACGAUACGAAGAUGCAGUGGCCUUUUUCAUUUUUCCUAAUCGCACUUGCAGCUGUGGAUACCGCUGCCCAAGCAACAGGUCAAGAAGUAGAGAUCCUGGUUGGCGCGGGGUGCGCAUUCUCCAAUUACUCGACCUUGCCAAAUGCGACCAAAAGCGAGCCUUCCUAUCGUCUACAGCCUGACCCUGGGCUCGGGGAGGGCAUCUACGUGCUGCAUUUCACGCACUUCAACCUUCCCGAAUCCGAUCGUCUGGUACUUUGGGCUUCCGAAGAUCCAGAGACGACACCAGCGGUGGCCGUGCUGUCGGGAAAGAAUGCAACGGGCAACUUUCACUCGACCGCGAUAUCGGGGAACGGAGUCGUCCUGGAACUAUUCAAGACUCCGGUAUCCGAUCAAUCCAGUUCGACUUCGUGUCGAGGCUUCACCGUGGACCGAUUGCUCUUUACCCCGAAAGAGCUCGUGGAUGAGGCGCAGCACCUGCAAGUGGCUGUCAAGGUGCCACUAACCAACCUCUCCAAUACGACUGACACCAAUGACAACGAUCACAUCAACAACGAAAGUCUAUGUGGUGCGGAUGAAUCCGUCGAGGCUGCUUGUGCGCCGAGUGCUACCAACAUUGCUGAAGGAGCCAUCAUGCUGGCCAAGUCGCAACCGGUUGCGCGACUGUCGAUAAGUAAGGAUAAUGGCAUGGUCAUCGCUUACUGUACGGGCUAG